AUGGCUGCCCCCAGCGUGCCCGACGACGCUUACGCCACCGCGCUCUCCCGUCUGGCGCAGCUCCAGUCCAACCGUGCCGUCACCUCUCUCUUCGACCCUGCCCCAGCAACAGCCGCCGCUUCAGCAGGAGGAGCAGGAGGAGGAGGAGGAGGGGGAGGCGGCAAACCCGCCGACCUAAACGCCCUGGCCAUUCCCGAGAUGCUCGCCUGGCUCGGCCGGGCAGGGUACACGCCCGCGUCGCUGGCCGCCUUGCCGGUGCGGUUCGUGCACGUGGCGGGGACCAAGGGCAAGGGCAGCGUCAGCGCGCUGAUCGCGUCCGUCCUGGCGCAGUACCCCGGGGCCGGGCGGGUUGGCUUGUACACGUCGCCGCACGUGCUGUCGGUGCGCGAGCGGAUCGUGCUGGACGGCGCCCCGAUCGCGCCCGACCGGUUCGCGCGCUACGGCGUCACGGCCACGGUGGUGACGCAGCUGGGGAUCGAUCACGUCGGCAUGCUGGGCGACACGGUCAACAAGAUCGCGUGGCACAAGAGCGGCAUCUUCAAGGAAGGCGUCAAGGCCUUCACCAGGCGGCUGCCCGAGGCGCAAGAGCACCAGCGCGGCGUCAUGGAGGUGCUGCGCCGGCGGGCGCGCGAGAAGGGCGCCGUCCUGGUCGAGGUGCCGGACGAGGAGGUCGAGCGGUGGGGAGGGGUCGACGGCGCCCGCCUGCAGGGGCCGUUUCAGAAGUACAACAUGGCCCUGGCCGUCCACGCCGCGAGGGAGCACCUGCUGCGCGUCGGGGUCAGGUUCGAGGGCAGGUUCGGGACGGACGAGUGGUUGCUCGGCGACAUGCCGCCCGAGUUCGUCCGGGGGCUGCGCGAGGCCGCCCUGCGCGGGCGCUGCGAGGUGCUCCGGGACGCGCAGCAGGGCACCAUCAUCGAGUGGCACGUCGACGGCGCGCACACCGACGACAGUCUGGCCGGGGUGGGCCGGUGGUUCGCGGACAGGGCGGGUGGCGACGACAACGACGGCGGCGGCGGCGGCAGCGUGCGGGUAUUGCUGUUCAACCAGCAGGAGAGGGAUCCGGCGCCGCUGUUGAGGGCGCUUCUAUCUGGAGCGCAGAGCGGCGGCCGGACCGCCUUCGACCAUGCCAUAUUUACGAGGAACGAAGAGGAGGAACCGGCAGAUGGCGAGGAACGCGACCUCUCUACGCAGAUCAGGGCACAGGAGACGAUGCAGGAGGCCGCCGACGGCACGACCACCACGACGGUGCACAACGCCGUCCGUCCCGCGGUGGAGCAGAUCAGGCAUAUCGCGGCGCAGGCGAGGGAGCAAGGGAAGCCGUGCCGGGUGCUGGUUACGGGAAGUUUCCACCUGGCGGGCGCCGUGCUCAAGAUCAUUGACCAUGCCGAAUACUAA